CUCAGGAAGUGUUUCAGCCAAUCCCCUGAAGCUUUACAUUCAGAUUUAGCAAAGUAGCCAAUCCAGGAUUAGCUUUUAUUGGGAAGACAGAUCAUCAAGCUGAAGUGCCAAGCCCUUUCUGUCUGAGUACUGAGAGCCUGUCCUCCAUGUUUUAUAAGUAUUGACAUAACACUGUGUUAACAAUGCAUCCACAGAGUUUGGCUGAAGAGGAAAUAAAGGCAGAGCAGGAGGUGGUGGAGGGGAUGGAUAUCUCCACUCGAUCCAAAGAUCCUGGCUCUGCCGAACGCACAGCACAAAAAAGGAAGUUUCCCAGCCCUCCACAUUCCUCUAAUGGCCACUCACCACAAGAUGCAUCAACAAGUCCUAUAAAAAAGAAAAAGAAACCUGGUCUAUUGAACAGUAAUAAUAAAGAGCAGUCAGAACUAAGACAUGGUCCGUUUUACUAUAUGAAGCAGCCACUCACCACAGACCCUGUUGAUGUUGUACCACAGGAUGGACGGAAUGAUUUCUAUUGCUGGGUUUGUCAUCGGGAAGGCCAAGUCCUCUGCUGUGAACUCUGUCCUCGGGUUUAUCAUGCUAAGUGUCUGAAACUGACAGCGGAACCAGAGGGGGAUUGGUUUUGCCCAGAAUGUGAGAAAAUCACAGUUGCAGAAUGCAUAGAAACACAGAGUAAAGCUAUGACAAUGCUCACCAUUGAACAGCUAUCAUAUUUACUGAAGUUUGCACUACAGAAAAUGAAACAGCCAGGGACAGAGCCAUUUCAAAAGCCAGUUUCACUGGAUCAACACCCAGAUUAUGCAGAAUAUAUCUUUCAUCCAAUGGACCUUUGUACAUUAGAGAAGAAUGUUAAAAAGAAAAUGUACGGUUGCACUGAAGCAUUUUUGGCUGAUGCCAAAUGGAUUUUGCACAACUGCAUUAUUUACAAUGGGGGAAAUCACAAAUUGACACAAACAGCAAAAGUCAUCAUCAAAAUCUGUGAGCAUGAGAUGAAUGAAAUUGAAGUGUGUCCGGAAUGUUACUUAGCUGCUUGCCAAAAACGAGAGAAUUGGUUUUGUGAGCCUUGUAGCAAUCCUCAUCCUUUGGUCUGGGCUAAACUCAAAGGCUUUCCAUUCUGGCCUGCUAAAGCACUGAGGGAUAAAGAUGGGCAAGUUGAUGCCCGUUUCUUUGGCCAACAUGACAGGGCCUGGGUUCCAAUAAAUAAUUGCUACCUCAUGUCAAAAGAAAUUCCUUUUUCUGUGAAAAAGACUAAAAGCAUCUUCAAUAGUGCAAUGCAAGAAAUGGAGGUUUAUGUUGAUAACAUUCGCAGAAAGUUUGGAGUAUUUAAUUAUGCACCUUUCCGGACACCAUAUACUCCCAACAAUCAAUACCAAAUGUUGUUAGAUCCUGCAAACCCAACUGCUGGAACUGCAAAGACAGACAAACAGGAGAAAAUCAAACUGAACUUUGAUAUGACAGCAUCGCCCAAGAUUCUAAUGAGCAAGCCUAUGUUGAGCAGUAGUACUGGUCGUAGGAUUUCGUUGACAGAUAUGCCACGGUCACCAAUGAGUACAAACUCAUCAGUGCACACUGGAUCUGAUGUUGAACAGGACGCAGAGAAAAAAGCAACUUCCAGUCAUUUUAGUGCAAGCGAAGAAUCCAUGGACUUUACAGAGAAAAAUACAGCUUCUCCAGCACCAACAAGAGCAGGUCAAGCAGGGAGCUUGUCAGGCAGUCCCAAACCCUUCUCUCCUCAAGCGUCAACACCAAUUUCUGCUAAGCAAGAAAGAACUUCCACUCCGGGAAGCAUUCUGAAUCUUAAUCUUGAUCGUAGCAAAGCUGAGAUGGAUCUGAAAGAGUUGAGUGAGUCAGUCCAACAGCAGUCCACCCCUGUGCCACUCAUUUCACCAAAACGACAGAUACGUAGUAGGUUCCAGCUUAAUCUUGACAAGACAAUAGAGAGUUGUAAAGCACAACUUGGAAUAAAUGAAAUAUCUGAAGCUGUUUAUACUGCAGUAGAACACAGUGACUCUGAAGAUUCUGAAAAAUCUGACACCAGUGACAGUGAAUAUAGUGAUGAGGAUCAGAAAUCAAAGAAUGAUCAAGAAGAUGGAGAGGAUAAGGAAGGUACAAGGAGCGACAAAGAAUCAUUGAGCUUGAAAAAAAAACCUAAGCCCCCAGCACAGAAUGAAGACAAGGAGGAACUUAAAAGCACAAGUCCAGAAGUGGAGAAAACAGAUGACCCAGUCAAAGAAAAGGCAAUUACCGACACUGAGAAAGAAUUUUCUGAAAAGGGAAAAAGUUUGCAACAUCCUGCAAAAGAAAAACUGAAAGGUAAAGAUGAGACAGACUCUCCAACUGUGCAUCUAGGACUGGACUCUGAUUCUGAGAGUGAACUUGUCAUCGAUCUCGGAGAUGAUCAUUGUGGGCGUGAAGGACGGAAAAACAAGAAAGAAUCUAAAGAACCUCCUCCUAAACAAGAUGUUGUAGGUAAAACUCCACCUUCUUCCGGUGCAAGCACCCAGCCUCUACCAGAAACUCCAGUUCUUACCCGCUCUGCAGCCCAGACUCCACCAGCUGGUGUGACAGCAACUACCAGUGCUACUUCUACUGUUAGUGCUCCAUCUGCAGCCACUGGAAGCCCUGUGAAAAAGCAGAGACCUCUGCUGCCUAAGGAAACAGCCCCUGCUGUGCAGCGAGUAGUGUGGAAUUCUUCAAAUAAAUUUCAGACAUCUUCUCAAAAAUGGCACAUGCAGAAGGUGCAGAGACAGCAGCAACAGCAGCAGAACCAGCAGUCUCAGUCACAGCAACCUCAGUCCUCUCAAGGCACAAGAUACCAGACAAGACAAGCAGUUAAAGCUGUGCAGCAGAAAGAGAUCACCCAGAGCACUUCCACAUCAACUAUAACCUUGGUUACAAGUACUCAACCGAUUUCUAUGGUUACAAGUUCUGGAUCUGCAAAUACACUUUCUUCCUCAGUUAAUACAGACUUGCCAAUUGCAACAGCUUCAGCUGAUGUGGCUGCAGAUAUUGCUAAAUAUACUAGCAAAAUGAUGGAUGCCAUCAAAGGAACAAUGACUGAAAUUUAUAAUGAUCUUUCAAAAAAUACCACUGGAAGUACAAUAGCUGAGAUUCGGCGUUUGAGGAUUGAGAUAGAAAAACUUCAAUGGUUACAUCAACAGGAACUCUCAGAAAUGAAGCAUAAUCUAGAACUGACAAUGGCUGAAAUGCGUCAGAGUCUGGAACAAGAAAGAGAUCGUUUGAUUGCUGAGGUGAAGAAGCAGCUGGAAAUGGAAAAGCAGCAAGCAGUGGAUGAAACUAAGAAGAAGCAGUGGUGUGCCAACUGCAAGAAAGAGGCCAUCUUUUAUUGCUGUUGGAAUACUAGCUACUGUGACUAUCCCUGCCAACAAGCUCACUGGCCUGAGCAUAUGAAAUCUUGCACACAGUCAGCUACUGCAACACAGCAAGAAACUGAUACUGAAAUUAGCACAGAAACAUUAAAUAAAUCAUCACAGCCCAGUUCAAGUGUGCAGCCUACACCCACAGAAACAGCCAGCACCCCCAAGGAGAAGGAAGUUUCAGCUGAUAAAAGCAAAGAGAGUGUUACAAUAGCAACAGGUGUGACAAGCAACCAGCCUAUAAAACUGGUCCAGGUACCGCAGACCACCACCUAUAUUCCAACUACUCAACCCACAAUUACCAUUCCUGUAGUGGUAAGUCCUUCUGCUGGGACAGUAGCAAUGAGAACUGGAGUUCAGUAUGUUCAGACCACAAUGCCAGUCCAAGUACGAAGAGUCUAACUGCUAACAAGAAGUCCAUACAAUUGUUGGAAAAAAUAAAUCUAAUAGAGAUGUGAAAAAUAAACACAGUUCUUUGGAUUAACCUCAAAGGUUCAGACUUUAGCUUUGUAUAUGUGUACAAAGCAUUAACUACACUACAUUAAUGUAAAGCAUUAGCACUGGCUUAGAAAAGCUGAGGACAGGUAAGAUCCGUGUUAAAUCUAUGCUUCUUUGUAAAUAAUGUACAAUUUGUGGAUGUCAUUAAAGUUAGAGUACCAUCUCCUUUUUAUAUUUGUAUUGACUUUAACUUAUAAAGAGUGUUUGAAGUUGGAAAAGAAAGGUUUAAAAUAGCCUUAUCACAAGCUAACACUGAAAACUGGUCUCAGAAAAUUGCAGUUGUGCAUCAAAUAAUAUAAUCAGGAGAAUAUGAACAACUUGAUUUGCAUUUGGAUUGAAAACAAUUUCUGCACUUUGAAACUCUUGUAGAAUUUCUUGUUGAGCAACCAAAUGACGAAGGGUAUCUUUUUUUCUGUUAAUUGUAUUAGGCGAAUUACGACAUUUCCAAUCUGUGGACCUGAAAUACAUAUUUACAUUGCUUUUUACAGUGACCAGACUGUUAAAAUUGUUUACAAGAGACAAGUUAAAAUUUCAGCCUAAUAUCAGGAAAGUUUGAAAGUACCAAGCUGGUUGGUGGCAUUAUUUCUUAUCGCUAAUAUCAAAGAUGAGAAGGGGUUUGGGUUUUGGUUUUCCUGUGCUUCACAGUUCAGUUUUAUUUUCUUCUUCCUCUUCUUCUUCUUCUUCUUUCUUUUUAAUCCUCUCAAAAGGAUUUUGAAAAGCUUUUCAAAUGGAGCAAGAGCUAGGUGUGGAGAAAAACAUGGAUCAGGAAACAUGGGCAAAGGACUUUUGAUGCUGGGCCAGAGCAUGUAUUAUUUAUAUGAUGGAAUUUAUGUUUUUAUGUAAGCAUGAAACAGUACAGUAUGAGAGAAAGUAACCCAUGAAAAUGCUGUCUGUUACACUUAUACUGUAGUACCAUUUUGUAUGUUGUGUAAAACGAAAGCAUUGAACAAAGCAAAGGUGAUGUAUGUAUAUGAGAAAAUUAAUUGUAUGAUAUCAUUCCAGUACAUUCUGUUGUACAUUUUAGUCAUGUUGAUUUCUCCCAUUGUUUAUAAAAGAAUGCGGUUUGUACAGUCUCCAGCUAGUACCCAUAUUAGAGGGAAAAAAGUAUUAAAAGAAAAAAGCGAGAACAGAAUUAUUCGUGAAUUGCAGUUGUGUCAAAAAUAGCCUAGCUGGCCUUAUUUGUGAAGCAUAAUUGCUUUUAGCAUAUGGAAGUAUUUUUUCACAUUUUCUUUGUAUAAAAUUUGUAUUAAACUUAAAUAUCUUUUUUGAAAAUUGUGUUUCUUUGUGACUAAGACAGGUGACACGCGAUAUGCUUUGGGUUUCUCCAAUUUUUCAAGAAACUUCACACUUUUUUAUUAAACAGU